CCGGGCGCACGGCUGAAGACGUGUCGGGAGAGGACCGGGUCCGUCCGUCGCUGGAGCAGACAGAGCGGCUCCAGGUCCCCAGAGUGAAGGAAAAUUUCUGAAAUGCAGAAAUGCUUGUUUGUAGCUGCAAAUGGGAAUUUGGAAUAACUGUGAAAAUCGCACUGAAAUAAUUGUGUUUGACUGGAACAAAAUUCUUGCAAAGUCCCCAAGGAUGAGAUUCUGUGCCAAAUCAAUGCUUCUAUCUCACUGGCUCUUUCUGGUCUAUGUGUUAAUGGUGUGCUGUAAAUUGUUGUCCGCCUCUAGCCACCAUCCCCGAGGGCACACAGGCCACCACCAAGUCAAGCAAGGGACGUGUGAAGUCGUCGCAGUGCAUCGUUGCUGCAAUAAGAACCGAAUUGAAGAACGGUCGCAAACAGUCAAGUGCUCUUGCUUCCCGGGGCAGGUGGCUGGAACAACAAGGGCACAGCCCUCUUGCGUCGAAGCCUCCAUUGUCAUCCAGAAGUGGUGGUGUCACAUGAACCCUUGUCUGGAUGGAGAGGACUGUAAAGUGCUACCGGACUAUUCAGGUUGGUCUUGCAGCAGUGGAAAUAAAGUCAAAACCACCAAGGUAACACGGUAGCAAAGGAUAAACCUAUGUGUCAUUGCUGGAACAAUGGGAUUUGCAGCUGUGUUGCUUGUCUGUUUUACAUAGUCCUGUUUUUUUCUGAGAAUACUGUAGACUUUACACUUCAAACUUACAAAAUUAGUGAGCAAGAAGGACAAUACUUCUCUUUUUGACUAUGGUGGCACUUCUUGAUGCAGGAUUUUCCCAUGCAGAACUAUACACUUUUAAUUAAAAAAAAAA